AUGGCUCUCGCUAUGGCGUCGGCAGUGUCCUCGGGGCAGGAUGCUGAUUUGAUGGACAUUGAUAUCGACAUGGACAUGGAUGAUCAAGGUCCAAUUCUCGACGAUGAGUUCCAGCUCGAAGAAGGCGAAGAACCCUCGUUCGUGCCCUCCGGCGCCGCACCCUCUGUCACCAAUCCCUCGACCCUUAUCCCCGCCAUCUAUACCGAAGAUCCCGCCCUCGAGCCGCAAUGGAACAAAGUGCACAUCCGCGGUGUCGACGACCUGCAUACUAACGACAUCCUUGCGUUCGUCCACGACCACUUCAGCGAAGCGGGGGACGACAUCCACGUGCAAUGGGUCGACGAUACCUCUGCGAACAUAGUCUUCAAGGCCGACGACGCCGCGAAACAAGCACACGUCGCGUUCCUCGCCAACCCGGUCAGUGUCGAAGAACUCACGAACAAUCCCUUCGAGCUCCGCGCCGCGAAACACCUGACAAGCCGACCAGCGAGCACGCUCUUCGUAAGGGUAGCUCAGCAAGGCGAUCGCAAGAAGAAAGGCGCCCGUGAAGCAAGCAGAUACUAUUUGAUGCAUCCCGACCAAGACCCGACGGAACGCAUGCGCAAAGAAUUUGAGAACACAAGAGGUGACUACCGACGACGCAGAUUUGACGACCGAGAACUCCACAGACGGCGGGGCGGCGGUGGGCGAGGAUAUCAAGACGCUGGGAACGGCGGCGAUCCUACAGAGAGUUUCUCGGCGGACAUGUACGACGAUGCGCCCGCCACGGAUCCAGAAAACACCGACAAGGCCAGAGGUCGAGACUUGUUCUCUCGUGUCGCCAAAGGGAGGAGAAGAAGCGCGAGUCCCGGCAUGAGGACCCGCAACAGCGACGAGAUUGAGAUUUCCGAAUCAGACGACGACGGUCGUGCACGACGGAGAAAUUACCGAGAUCGUGCUCCGCCCCGCGUCAAUAAUGCAGGCAAGGAACUAUUCUCCUCCACCUCCUCCCCCAAAUCCGGCGGUGGUCUUCGCUCCGACCGAUUGGAUCUCUUCCCUGCCAAGCCAUCAGAUACCGACACCUCCAUGUCCACGGACCCGGUUCCCCCGUUGCGCCCGAUAGAUGCAGCAAACAAUCGCGCCAACGCUGCCGCGGCAAAGCGGCUGAAAGCGGACCUUCUCAGCGCCUCUCAAACGAGUCCCAGAUCGAAUCAUCGACGAAGCCACGCCAUGGACGCUAAGAACGAAGAAGACCUCGCGGAAAGGUUCGCCAGGAAGAGCAUAUCAAUCGACAGCACCAAGUCGAGAAACGGGCCGUCGAAUGCAGGCGUGGAAUUAUUUCCCUCGAACGGAGGCGGUGGCGGGCUGAGCAUCAAAGGCGCUUCCGACGGACUGAGUAUCAAAGGAUCUGGCGGCUUGAGCAUCAAGGGAAGAGCCCUUGAAGUUAAAGAGCUGUUUCCGAACCAGUACCAGAAAACAGGGACGGGCCGGAACGAAGGCAAGGAGUUGUUCGAUGCGCCGGUUCGAGAGAAGAGGGUGAGGAGACGGGCUGGCGAUUUAUUCGAUUGA